AUGGCAUCUAAGCUUAUUCUAGGGUGCUUAGCACUCCUUGUGGUCUCAACGUACGCAAAAUCAAGUAAGUUGUUAUGUUCUAAUUUAGUUUUUAAUCAUAGCUUAAUCGUGAUUAGUUUUACCACAUAUAAGUUUGAUAGUCUUAAAAAAUGGUUCCAAGGUUUCGGGCAUUUAUGAAACAUGCCUUCCUGGUUAAAAGAAAUCAUUUUGCCACCAUCAUAAUUUUAAAAGUAUACGAGCCAUGAAUAGUGAGCUACAUUUACUUACUUAGUAGUGCAAAAUAUUUCCAAGAAUUUCUUUGAACUAAGGGAUCGAAUCUUGCUUAGCUAACAAUGAAUAAUGAAUAACCACCACCUACAUUUGCGUUCGAGCGAUCAACCUUGAAAUGUUUGUUUUCUGUUGAUCUCUAGAGCGCAAAGCUUGGGAUUUUUUAUCACGAUGAUAUCAUUAGCCAAAAUGUUUCUCGAUUUCAUAGCAAUACUGCACUAAUAUCAUAUCUGGCUUCUUCUAAGGAGAAUUUAGUUCAUUUAUUUUAUGUAGAAGUAACUAAAAGUUAUUAUAAAAGCGAGGUCUAAAAAUCAAAAUCUUUAACCUUUUUGAGUGAACCCUGCAAAUAAUAUUUGAAGUGUAAAAGAAUAAUAACUGCUUUCGUAUAAUUUUAACUCAGUCAUUUUCAAGGAAACAAAAUUUAUCGGCCCGUCAGAAUAUGUGAAACAUAUUUGUCUUCACCAAAAGAACGCUAAAAAUAACUUAUCAUUACUCUGUUAAAGAAAAAACGGGUUCCUGUAGAAACCUGCUAGUUAGUGGAGCGAAAACCCAUAAACAUGUGUUGACUAUUUAUUAUUCAUCUUGUUCGGGGCUGGUGUCCGAAUUCAACCUCCAUUUUUUCGCCAUGUUUUGAGCAGAAACGCUUGCAUAGUGAUGGAAUUUAUGCUUUUCUAUAAACGGAACGUGUAAAUGUUCAUUUAUUUUAAUUAUGCGGAUGUUUUCAAUCUAGUCAAAUUUAUGAUAAAAAAUAUCACCUAGAAAGGCGGUAAGACUGUUAGAAGUACGCCGAAAGAUUCAGCUGACUACGGCCUAAAUGGGAAAAAAGAAUUGCCCGAAGUAGAAAGUUCGAGAGAAACCAAACAAAAAAUUAGGGCUGGUUGUUAAAAACCGAACUUAGCAAGUGUUUUAGAAAACCCUUUCUGGAGUGACUUUACUUAAUCCUUAAAACAUUUUUUAACAAAUCGUGCCAAAUAGUUACAAGUAAACAAGAGGAAACGAUGACAUUGAAGAGCAAAACUGCGUAGUAAUCCGCUAUCUAAUUCACGGGUUCAGUAAAAUCACUCUUACUUAAGUAAUUUGGCCUGUUUUAAAAAUUAUCAGGGUCAAAAGAGCAUAUAGCACACUUGUAAAAGCCAUGAACGGGUCCGUAGAAGAAUCGGUUGUCUGAAAAGGCGGCAUGAGUUUAGACUCUGUUUAAACAACUGGCUUGUCACGAUUUCCACACAAUUUCUGCUUACUGAUAAAAUAUGAAAUGUCUGGAGAUAUGUGAAGAGAUUAUGAAUAUUGAUAAGGUUAAGACAGGUGGUUUUCGUUUGUCUACGUGAAAGGAUGCCUGAUCGGUGUCGAAACAGUAAAUUUGAGAAAGAAAAGAAAAAAGGAUUGAUUCACGUGUCAAAUCUUGUUUUGCCUUGUCAAAGCUUUCUGUACCUGCUAAUUUGCCAUCUUUUUUCACCGCAGAAAACAAAAGAGACGCUAAUCCGUGUCCCCCAGGAUGUUCCCCCGGUUGCGCACCGGCGUGCGCGGUGUCCUGCUGUCUACCUCCCCCACCCGCUCCACCACCGCCUCCACCCCCACCACCACCCCCACCAGAGCCCGCUAAGCCUGGACCACCCGGACCUUCUGGAAGAAUGGGACCUCCCGGACCAGUCGGACCUAUCGGACCCAUGGGAGAGGCCGGACCUCCAGGACCACCCGGACCCCAAGGACCUCCAGGACCCCCAGGAGAACCUGCUCCUCCUCCACCACCACCCCCUCCCUGCCCACCCGUCUGUGCCCACACAUGCGUAUCUUCCUGCCCGACCGCGUGCUGCUCCGGCAGAAAGUAA